CUACGCAUGCGCGUUAUCUUCACGGACGGAGAAGCAGACCUCACAACAGGAAAAAAAAGUGUUAAAGACAAAGGACCGGACAGCCUUUAGGGAAAGCAAAAACCAGCUCAGUUAGUUUCCUAGACCGCUUUGUAGAGGUUCGGCUGUCUCACCACCGGUCGGAACCGGACGGAGCAACGCGAGAGAAGCUUCAUGUUCAGCUUUCUGGUGAUGGAAAGUCCUGCAAAACGGCACACCUGCUGACUGGAGGGACACAACGGUCAACGCACACCAACACUCACAGGAUGGAGGAAGUGGAAACACACAAGAGAGGGAUGACAACUUGAUUUAUGAUUUUUAUCGGAGGAUCCCAUUUUCGUCAUACUUUUUAUUUUUCCACCCCUGUCUAAAUUCUGUCCUGAAUUCUACUUUCUACGUCCUUUCCUGGUGAGAGAGGUGGUGUUUAUUUACCUUCCACCUUCCUCUGAGCGCCUACAUAGCAACACACAGACUCCUCUCUUCCCGGAGGUCGAGGGGGCUGCCAUGGGAACGGCUGUCCUGCCUUCAAUGUAGUGUCCUGAGGGCAGUAGUGGUGGAGCUGGAGGAGGAGGACGUGGCGGUGGUGGUGGUGGCGGCGGCGGUGGUGAACGUCCAGGGAUGGGCAGUACUCCGUAUCCAGCCAGCGAGUGGAAGGAGAAGGGCCGAGGCGGACUGCAGGAGCUGGGCUGCAUGCCCUGGAAGGUCAGCAAGCAGAAAGCUGCCGGAGGAGGGGGAGAAGCGGUUUCAGGAGCAGCGGAGAGGAGGAGCAAGGAUCCAAGGGACGGUCAGCUGCAGCAGGAUCUCUCGUCGUCGUCGUCCUCCCUCUCCCCGCCGGCUCCCCAGCAGACUUCUCCGACAACUCCGGCCAUAUAUCACGAGAAGCAGCGGAGGGAGCUGUGUGCAUUGCAUGCGCUCAACAACGUCUUCCAGGAUGGGACAGCCUUUAGUCGGGACACCCUGCAGGAGAUAUACCAAAGGCUAAGUCCCAGCACUAUGGUGACUCCUCACAAAAAGAGCAUGCUGGGAAACGGGAACUAUGAUGUAAAUGUCAUCAUGGCGGCAUUGCAGACCCGAGGGUUUGAGGCAGUCUGGUGGGAUAAAAGAAGGGAUGUCGGCAGCAUUGAGCUGUCCAACGUGGAGGGCUUUAUCCUCAACGUGCCGUCCAACCUGCGCUGGGGGCCCCUCCGGCUGCCACUUAAACGCCAGCACUGGAUUGGAGUCAGGGAGGUGGGAGGUGUCUACUACAACCUGGAUUCUAAGCUACGCAACCCUCAGCCUAUUGGCAGUCCUGAAGAGCUCAGGAAGUUUCUCCGUCAGCAGCUGCGAGGGAAGAACUGUGAACUGCUGCUGGUUGUCUCAGAAGAGGUGGAGGUCCACCAAACUUGGCGCUCCGACGGCUGAGGGUUCAACCAGCCAAUCGCUUCAGCCAAACGGGCCUGUCGCAUUACGAACAGGAGACGAAGUAGCGUUGUGCACCGCCAGUCGCAUCGAUGCACUCUUGCAGUUGUAAUUCCUCCCCACCAAGCCUGUUUUUUUAUUUUUCUUCUUCUUUUUUUGGGUUUUGUUUACACGGCCAUUGCUGAACACUUAGCUGAUCCGAGACAAAGUAAUGAAGGAGGCAAACACUUUAUAGAGCGAAUCAAAGAAUCACAACUGAGACUAUUCUGUUCCUGCCGAUGAGUUGUUUUUUUAUAUUUCGAUGCUUAUUUUUUCUGUCUUGCCCUUUUCAUUUUCUCAAAUUUCUAAAGUUUUGAGAGUUUUGGACCUAAGGAAAAUGCAUAUUUUUACGUUUAUUCUUUUUUCUCCUUUUUUUGUUUUAUUUUACUCCAUAUUUUCCCAUCUUUCUCACCAAAGUGCUCCCUCACUUCUUUUCCCCUCAUCUCCAUCUCAUUGAAUCCCAGCUCAGAGAGAGAGAGGUUUUUCCACAUCGCCAACUGUGUGUGUGUUUCAGCAAUUCCCUACACUUCUGGCACCGACUCACCCUUUACUGUAGAAUCUUUGCUAAUGCAACACUUUUUAUAUUAUGGCAACAAAGCAAUGCAACACUCAGGCCAAGUACUCCCUCUAGUGGAUAUUUGCUCCAGCUUGCUUGUAUCGAUGAUCAUCUAGUCGUGUUUUUAAAUUUCUUCUCACUGUAUAGACGCUUCUGUAAAGGAAAGAAAUAUGUUAUUUGUUUAAGACAUAUUGCACUACACACAAACAUCGCCUGUCGGUAAAGAAAUAUAUAUUUUGGGUUUAAUGCUAAAACUCUCUUCCGCUUCGGAUCAAAUGCAGCAAAAUGCAUCCACUAAUUCAGGAGGAUACAUUUCAUGCUGUGAGUCAUGCUGACUUCAGAUUUAAAGUUUACCUGCAAAACCUUUUACUGAGUGAAUUUAUUUACUCCUACUGACGGAAUGAUCAACAGUACAAAUCAUGAUUUUACACUAAAGACUUAGACGCUAGCUCUUUACCACUCAAAUGCCUCCCUUUGUCCUGAUUUGUUGUUGCCAGAGUUUUGUUUUUUAGGUUUUUUGCCUCAGUGACUUUUCCAAAGGGUCCAAAUCACAGCAGCCCUCUGUAGCACAGGAACUCAGCAGAUAAAGGGCUUUUCCUCAUCUUCCUGUAGUCUCACCCCCCCCACCCCCCUCCCCGUAUAUGAAAAGCAGCCAAACACAGCUUUAAAAGGAAAUCACUGACUGUCUCAGCAAGUUAUUGACUGUAAUCAGAGGAAUCUCUGUCAAAGGAAGUAAUUUUUAAAGCGUAGUUGAGCGAAGAAAGUUAUUUGCUUAUAAACCUGAAAGGACCUGGAGAGCAAAAAAAAAAGUUUUUGCAGGUAUUAAUCUAGAAAGUUGGAUGAAAAGUGAAAGUUGUUGGCGAUCUGGUGUCAUGUCCAAAGAAAGAUUGAUUUACGGUAGUUUGUGAGGUGAUUAAAAGUUCUCGUCUCCAAUCAUUAAAAUCUUCAUUUAUACAUGUUAGUGAUUGAAUUGGCCUUAACUUGUUUACAUAAAAAGUAUGUAGAUUUUUGGAGUUUGGCGCCAUAUCAGAAAAUCCAAAGGAGCAGUUUGUUAUAUUUGUGAGGUGAAAUGGUAGAUGCCCUUCCAUUUUUGCAGAGCAGCUACUCCCAUGAUGAGUUUUCAAUUUUUUCUGCCAAGGAAUUUGUUACACUUUUUUUUUUUUUUUUAUAAUAAGCAAUCCAAACAUAUAAGUUGUGCAUGUUUUAUUUCAAAUUUGAAGCAACAUCCUCAUGUUCCAGGCCUGUCUAUAAUCCUGUGAUGUCACAUUGUAUCCAUGAGAAACUAAGUUGAACUGUCAGAUAUUUUUAACUGAAGACGGACACGGCGAACUGUGUUGCACAUUUGCAUUCAUAUGCCUUUGCUUUAUUGCCAUGACAAUCCAUUAAGUCCUUCCCCCUUGGAGGAAUCCUGAUUAUCAGUGUACUUUAUUUUUUCAUAAAAAAAAUAAAAUAAAAUCCUCAUAUUUGGCA